UGCAGGAGUUCUAAACUGAGAAGUCACUCUGAUGAAUAGGAAUCAUAGACCAAACUUGUGAUGUUGGAAAAAGUCCAUGUAUUUAUAUGAUCAGAAACCAAAGAAGGAAGAAAGUUUCCUUGCUUCCUUCUAUUCUUGAUUUUUAGUCCUCUUUAAAUCUUCUUCUUUCUUUUCAUUUUUCCAGAUAAGAAACCAAAAGGGUGGUACUACGACAAGAUAAAGAAAAUGGCCAUCAAAGAGGAGGAGAAGGAGGAGGUAAGAGAGCCACUCAUGGCUGUUGAAGAUGGAUCAUCUGCUCAUGAAUACAGCAAAGACAAUCCAUGGAUGGUUUAUUUAAGCACGUUUGUUGCAGUUUGUGGCUCCUAUGAAUUUGGAACUUGUGCGGGUUAUUCAUCACCUACUCAGUCUGCUAUAAGAGAGGAUCUGAAUUUAUCUUUAGCUGACUACUCUCUGUUUGGCUCCAUAUUGACUUUUGGUGCAAUGAUUGGAGCAAUCACAAGCGGUACGAUCGCCGAUCUCAUUGGUCGAAAAGGGGCCAUGAGAGUGUACACUGCUUUCUGCGUUACAGGGUGGCUUUCUAUUUACUUUGCCAAGGAAGCUUUGGCUUUGGACAUCGGAAGACUGGCCACAGGAUAUGGAAUGGGAGCCUUUUCUUAUGUGGUACCUGUUUUCAUAGCUGAAAUUGCACCCAAGAAUCUUAGAGGCUUACUGACUGCUUCAACCGAGUUCAUGAACUGUGCUGGCGUUUCUGUUUCCUUCAUUAUUGGGAAUGUACUAACAUGGAGGGCACUGGCAUUAGUCGCACUUAUUCCAUGCGCCGUUUUGCUUUUCGGUCUCUCCUUCAUUCCAGAGUCUCCAAGAUGGCUGGCGGGACGCCACAAAGAGUUUGAAGCUUCACUGCAGAAACUACGCGGCAAGGAUGCCGACAUAUCUCACGAGGCGGCUGAAAUCCAGGAUUACAUAACGACACUUGAACAGCUUCCUAAGGCCAAACUAUUGGACUUAUUUCAAAAGAGAUACCUGCGCUCUAUCAUUAUAGGACUUGGGCUAAUGGUUUGUCAACAAUUUGGUGGGAUCAAUGGAAUAUGUUUCUAUACCAGCAGCAUCUUUGAGUCAGCAGGAUUCUCCCCUACGCUUGGAACUAUAAUAUAUGCAAUCAUUCAGGUUAUGGUUACUGGCCUUGGCGCAGCCGUGGUCGAUAGAGUAGGAAGAAAACCUCUGUUACUGGUUUCCGCAACCGGAUUGGUACCAGGCUGUAUACUACUGGCUAUUUCGUUUUAUCUGAAGGCUCAUGAAUUGGCACUCCAAGCAAGCCCUAUACUAGCUGUAACUGGCAUAAUGCUUUACAUAGGGUCAUUUUCGGCUGGAAUGGGAGCAGUUCCUUGGAUUGUAAUGUCUGAGAUUUUCCCUAUAAACAUCAAAGGACAAGCUGGAAGUUUAGCAACAUUAAUGAAUUGGUUUGGUGCAUGGUUGUGUUCCUACAGUUUCAACUUUCUGAUGGCCUGGAGUUCCUAUGGUACCUUCAUUUUUUAUGCAGCAGUAUACGUUAUGGCUAUAUUGUUCAUUAUCACGGUGGUACCAGAAACAAAGGGAAAAACUCUGGAAGAAAUCCAAGCAGCCAUUAAUGUGUAAAGCAUUCUUUUGGUGGGAAAUUAUUCAUUGUAAAUUUGAAAGCUCAAUUUGACAUAUUGAUUAGUGGAAGCUGGCUUCAAAACCACAAAGAAUAUUAUUAUAAUGUGUUAGAACAAUCACAGAGCACACACCCUAGUAGUAUGCUCUUUGUUGUACUGUAUUAUUUUCCUUUGGUAUUAAGUCAUUUCCUUCAGUUAUUAUAUGUACAAUAUAUUCUUUGUACAGGUUUCCCAUAGUCCUUCUGCCACGUGUAUAUAUCUGAAACCCUACCACUCUUGUGUAUUGUAUAUAAACUCAGUAAUGAAAUUGCCUCAGUAGCU